ACAAUUUGAUCUUAUAUCUCCAUCGAUAAUGCCUUGAGAAAUAACUGGUAACCACCGCAGAAUGGUGGUAACGAUAAAUGCGGAUAUAUGAUUCAACCAAAUAUAGGCAUAAAUCUAGGGACCGACAUGGUUAUUGUGCUAGUUUAACCACUCUCAAAGGCUUGUCAGGUGUUCAUGAGAAAUCAGAUUUGCCGCCUAUAAUGAAUUUCUUCGAACCCGUGAAUUAGUGUGUUCUCAAAUGCCAAUGACUUGAGUUAUUGUGUGGUUGGUGCGAUGCAUAAAUGUGAGCAAUGACUACAUGUUUAGCACUAUCAAACCCAACUUCAUGAGAUAUAACACUUCAAACGCAUUUAAAGUAUAUGGCUUAUAACUUAAAUAGCAAGCAAGUUUUUUUUUUUUUUUUUUGUCCCUUCGGGGGCAUCUAAUAAAAUUUGGAGAAACAAGCAAGUUUAUCAGAACAUGAUCGAUGCAAUACUGAUCUGUGAUUUGGGCCAUGAGGAUUAUGUUUUGAGAAGCAGGCCAGGAAGCUUAUUGAACGAGAGAUGAUUGAGGAUCCAAAGCCCAAAAUAAGAUGGGCUUAGUUAAAUGCCGAAUUAUCUAAUUGCCAAAAAUCUCGAAUUUGGGGGUAUGUUGUCCUUGUCCAAAGUUGUUAACAAAAAGGGGCUCUACAAGAAACAACUAGCAUUUCGGCAAACUCGAUAGGUCCAUGGAGAACAAAACAAGCCCAUAAAAUCAGAGCUUCCCCAAUUGUUUUUGUCAAAAACAAAAAGCCCGUGUAGUCAUUGGGCCUGUGCUCCAGCAGAGAAGCAAGGGAAUAAAAAAAAGAGGGUCAAUACGUGCCACUCUAAAAAAUGUGGUAUGGGUGCCGCUUCUUCUGAUUGGUCCACACAAGCUAUGAUGUGGUAUUGGCUGCGUUAAUCAAGCCCAAAUCCAAACCCGUUGAGCAUUAGUUGGCCAAACCCACCCAAACUGACGGAAAAGUUGUCGUCCGUCUUCUCAUCAGCGUUUUUGUCAUUGCUUAAUAAAUUUUAACAUUAAUUCGACAAAACAACACACUGAGAACCAAAAACCAGACAGCAGAGGUAGAUCAACACGGAGGAGGAGAAGGAGAGUCGCUUCUACUCUCAACCGGGGGAGGCACCACCUGCAGCAGCUACUCACGUGAUGGUAAAACUCGUCUAUUGAGUUACGCAUCAUGAACACAAACUCAAGAAACUCACAUAGUGGCCAUGAUUCACUUCAGAAUUUGCUCCACAAGUUUCUUUAAUCCUUACUAAAGAAAGCCCCCAAGGCACAAAAACUAGUAAAAUGCACAAUGAUGGAGGUGGUAAUGAACGAGGAGUUUGGAGGAGGAUGUGGUAUUCAUUCACCUGGAAAAUUAGUUGGGGAUCGACAAAAUCAACUAGUAGUUUCUGCAAUUUCCCCCGGACGAGAAACAGCCUGGUAAAGAACAAAAACGAGAUUCAGUUCCAUUUCCUUCACCCCAAUAAGAUAAACGGAUGAACACAAUCAUAAAGAAAACACACACACACACACACCUCUUAGAAGACGAAUCAACCAUGAUUUCAGUAGCGAUUUCUCACAUUUGGUUUGAUUUCACAUUUAGCUCCACAUAAUGACUUAUGAGUGUUUGAUAUUAUUGGAACCAUCACCUGAGCUCCCUUUUUUUCCCUAUAAUACCCGCCAGAAGUUGACGAUAUCACUCACUAGAUGCAGAAGGGGCAUUCAGUGGAUGCUUCCUUUUUUCGAUGUUCGAUAUUCUUUCCCGUAGGCAGAAUGUUGUGGAUGAGUUUCCAAAGGAAGAUCUUGAUCUUAGGUGGAAUUACCAACCUCCAUAACCGCUUCCAAUCCAUCGGAUCGUAGGUCUCAAUAUUUCCCCCGAGUCUUCUAGUUCUUCCUCAUCAAGCUCCACCAAACCUUAUGUAUCAGUUGGAAAACCAGUCUGUUUUGAAGAGAAAAGCAUGUAUGUCGUUUUGACUGUAUACUGUCCUGACUUUUCAUAAGCCCAAACCUCAGUAUCAGAUGAUGGCUGGCGAGGAAUUGGAAUUCCUUCAAUCAUCGCUCUCUCUGUUGGGUUAAAGUGGAGCUGCAGUAGAGAUUUCCUCCAUUGUCUUAGAUCAUAAUCAAUAGAUCACUCACCCCGUUCUAAAUUGGUAGUGACUUUCCGGGUACUUGUAACUUUGAAUCCUGCUUCUUCAACUCCUGCCACCCAUCUAUCAUCCCAAAUAUUCACUCUGGAACCAUUCUAGAUCCUCCACCUGACUCCUUUUUUUACAAAUUGUUGAGCCGCCAUAAUACUUCUCCAGGGAUAACUUGGAUUUGCUCCAAGACUAGCAUGCAGGACAUCGUGAUUCGGGUAGUACUUAGCUUUUAGGACCCUUGCUGCUAGAGAUUCUAGAGUGGUUAAAAGGUUCCAGAUAUGCUUUUCUAGCAUAACAAGGUUAAAGAUAUGAAGGUCCUUAAACCCCAUACCACCCUCCUCUUUUGGUUUACACACUUUCUUCCAAGCUCUCCAUGAUAUCUUUUUUCUUCCUUCUGCUAUCCCCACGAAAAGCUUGAUGGCCUUUCUAAUCUCCGCAAUCUCCCCUUGUGGGAUUAAAAGAAAACUGAGAUCACCUAGGUAACUUAAGCUUGGGCUAGAGCCUUAAGUUUUGUGUUUUCUUUUUUCACAUAAAUUUCCCAAUUUCCCCCCUCAUUUUCUUCCAUUGGCUUCCCUCAACUAUCUUGUCAGCCCUCUAACCAAACUUUUGCAGACCCAAGAAAAGAGAAAAAUAGAAAAGAGAAAAACUUUCCUUCUCCCCUUCACAAACCCAACAAAAUCCAUCGCUGGAAAUUUAAUACGCUAACUUGAAAAUUCGUUAGCGGAUACUAACUGAUAUCCAAAAUACAUGAACUAAUAUCCAAGUACUAAAGUAUUUAAAGAGCACAGACUAGCAUUCAUAGUUUGCUAACUGAUAUCCACCAAUAAUUAACUAUUAUCCCAAAUUCACAAACUAAUAUAUAGACAACACAAAAUAGUAUCCAAACAACACAUAAUUAGUAUCUAGAUAACACAUAAGAGUAUUCAUAUUGAAUACUAGUUGGUUGAUUGUGCAUAUUAGUUGGUAUAUACUAUCUGGAUAUUAGUUUGUGAUGUUUUGAAUACUGGUUUGUGUUAUGUAGAUACUUAACAAACUUGAAUAUUAAUUCAUACAUUUUGGAUAUAAGUUAGUAAAUAUUAACGAAUUUUAAAGUUAGCGGGAUAACUAGGCGGGUUAGGAACAGGCAGUGGCACUAGCAGAUGCAGAAUGCAAAGCCCGUCGCCGUUGCAGCAGAGGCUGUGGCUGCUGCAGCAACCGCGCCACAUCUAUCCGAGGCCGUUCCUUUCCGCUUCUCCUCCAAGGAACAACCGAUUCCCCUUCUCCCCUCUUUACCUUUCCUUCCCGGCCCGAGCCCGAGCCCUCCCCGGCGGCGGCGAAGACAGUAGUAAGCAAACAGAACCAUCAACACGCCUUGGCAAGGACAGCAAUUUCAGCGAUGUCAGCAUCGAUACACGAGUGGUCCUGUCGUCCUGCCUCGUCGGCCUCCUCACCGGCAUCGCCGUCGUCCUCUUCAACAACGCCGUGCACGAACUCCGCGACCUCUUGUGGGACGGAAUUCCUCACCGAGGCGCUUCCUGGCUGCGAGAGGAGCCGCUCCACUCCAAUUGGGCCCGGGUCGUCUUGGUCCCCGCCGCCGGCGGAUUGGCAGUCGCCGCCUUGAACCAGCUGCGCUCUUCUCUCCCCGAUUCCUCCGCCCUCCUCCGCCCUGUUCUCAAGGCGCUGUCGGCUUCCUUCACCCUCGGCACCGGCAAUUCCCUCGGCCCCGAAGGCCCUAGCGUCGAAAUUGGGGCUUCCAUCGCCAAGGCAAUUGGGGCAUCGCAACCAGACUCCAACACCAAGCUCUCCCUCCUCGCUGCCGGAUCCGCCGCGGGCCUCUCCUCUGGUUUCAAUGCCGCUGUCGCUGGCUGCUUCUUCGCCGUGGAGUCGGUCUUGUGGCCGUCUCCCUCCGAUUCAUCAUCCGUGUCGCUAACCAACACCACCUCCAUGGUUAUACUCAGCGCAGUAAUCGCUUCGGUUGUAUCACAAGUCGGUCUGGGCUCCGAACCUGCCUUCAAAGUCCCAGAUUACGACUUCCGCUCUCCGAGUGAGCUACCUCUGUAUCUGUUGCUGGGUAUACUCUGCGGCUUGGUUUCACUAGCCUUAUCUAGAUGCACCUCAUUUAUGAUCUUUGCUGCAAACAAGCUACACGAAGAUGCCGGGAUGCCAAGAGCUGCAUAUCCUGUAAUCGGUUCCUUGGCGACUGGGGUAAUAGCCCUGGCAUACCCGGAAAUCCUUUACUGGGGGUUUGAGAAUGUCGAUGUUUUGCUCGAAUCCCGGCCAUUUGUGAAAGGGCUAUCAGCUGAUCUGUUGGUUCAGCUGGUGGGAGUCAAGAUUGUAGCGACGUCUUUGUGUCGUGCAUCUGGGUUGGUAGGAGGCUACUAUGCUCCUUCUCUGUUUAUUGGUGCGGCAACAGGAAUGGCAUAUGGCAAGCUCAUUGCGCUUGCAGUUGCUCAGUCUCAUAUUACGGAUCAACUUUCCAUCUUGGAAUUGGAAGUGGCUUCACCGCAAGCUUAUGGCCUGGUUGGAAUGGCUGCAACUCUAGCAGGAGUGUGCCAAGUGCCUCUUACUGCAGUUCUACUAAUGUUUGAGCUUACGCAUGACUACCGAAUAGUUCUCCCACUACUUGGAGCCGUCGGAUUAUCUUCAUGGGUAACCUCGGGUCAAAUGAAAAGAGAUGGUAGAGACGUCAUGAAAAAACAAGAGUCGACAAAUCCUACUACUCGGACUCGAAAUAAUAAGGGAACAUCAUCCUCAGAUGCAAGACUCCCUCCCACCACCGCAAGCGACCUUUGUGAAAUUGAAGCUUCCCUUUGCAUGGAUGAUUCCGUUUUUACAAGUCCAGCAUCUAGCAAACCAAUCCUCGUUUCUCAAGCCAUGAGAACCAGAUACGUAGCUAUUUCUAUGAACACUUUACUUGGUGAAGCGGUGAGACUUAUGCUUGAAGAGAAGCAGUCUUGUGCUGUAAUUCUUGAUCAUGAUGGUGCCCUGAUUGGGUUACUUACACUUGAAGAUAUCGAAAACUUCAUCAAAACUGUGAAAUCGGGAAGCUGGAAAUUAGAGGAGUUCCCUGUAUCGGAACUAUGUUCAUCAGGUGCCCGAGCCUGUGAGGUGCCUUGGACCGUGAAUCCCAGCAUGGAUCUCCUUUCAGCACAGCAAAUGAUGGAUAGGCACGGUUUUGAUCAGGUGCCAGUCGUCUCGGAGAGUUUGAGAGGCGGAAGAGACUAUCUAGUUGGCCUUUUGGACAGAGAAUGUAUCGAUUUUACGCGCAGGUUUCUCAGCAGCAACAUACUCAGUUGAAUUAUUUCGUGACUCGUCAUGUGCUCAAUUACCCAUUUGUAAAUGCAAGGGGAUUAAUCCCAUGACAUGGUUUUGUGAUCAGUUUUGCUGUAAAAUUCAUUUGUAAAUGCAAGUGAUUAAUUAAUCCCAUGACAGGGCUUUUGUGAUCGUUUUUGCUGUAAAGUUCAUUUGCAUAUUUUGUAUGCAAUGUAAAUCCACAGAAAGCUAGAUAUAUAUAAGCAAUACCGUAUCGCAUAUGAACUACCGCGUGUGUAUAGAGUCGGUCUUGUAAGUUAGUCUGUUGGUUACCCUCUUCUUGGUGUAUCUUGAGGGGGAAAAAAAUGAUGAAUCUAAUUGCCUAAAAUCUCGAAUUUGGGGGUAUGUUGUCCAAAGUUGUAACAAAAAUGGGCUCUACAAUCCCUCAAAAAAACAAAUGGGCUCUACAAUAAAAACAGCUAGCAUCUCGCAAUUGGGCCCAUGGAGAACAAAACAGGCCCAUAAAAACAAAGCUCCCCAAUAGUUUUUGUCAAAAACUAAAAGCCCGUGUAGUCAUUGGGCCUGGACUUCAUAAGAAAGGGCAUAGGGAAUAAAAAAGAGACGUGACCCAUAAGAAAACAAAAUAGAGGAAAGAAAGAGAGUAAGGGCAUAGGGGAAAUAAAUAAAUAAAAAAGUCACGUGUGCGCACGUGAGAAUAAUGGUGGUGGCCUCGCGUGCCGGCGUGCAUUACUUUUUUUAAUUUAUUCGAAUGUGGGGCCCCCACGUGAGCAGGCAGCUGUGCCUUUCCUUACUCUUUCUCCAUCUGGCAGCUGACUGACAAUUUCCUCUUUCCUCCCUAAUUUCUUUGUUGUUUUCUAAUUAAAACCCAUGAGUUCUUUUUUGACCAGUCUGACACGUCAGUGGUGUCAGUCCCACCAUUUUUGGUUCUUUCUUCUACUACUCUACUCUCUCCCUGUCCUUAGUCCUCUCUAGUCAUGUGUGAACCAUAGAUAAUUAGGCAUACCGACAAAACAAUAAAAAGAGUAUGGAGAAGAAGAAAAAAACCCAAGUAGGAAAAUGAUAUUACCACAAAAUGACAAAUUUCAUUUCAUUGUAGGUGAUUAGAAUUGUACAUUUAUCCUAUUGACUCUGUAAUGGUUGUACUGGGUGGUGGAUAAUUCGCUGUUUGAUUUUGACUAUCAACAAAUAACUCAAAUUUUAAAGAUUGAGUAACUGGAGUUGGUAGAUUGUGGAUCGAUAAAUUCUCUACCCGCAUUUAGUUGGGUGGGGUUGCUAGUCAUUUGAAUAGCUCGCUAUUCCAUUUUCACAUGACAAUGAGUUGUUUCUUGCUUAUGUUAUCUUAUAUUCAUCAUAUUUACUAUCGCAUUACACACUGACCCUCUACUUUCAAAAGAGGAAACAUAUAAUUUUUGGAAUAUUACUACAAGUUACGAAGUUAAUGUCUGUUAGCUAUUGGGAUGGAUAUGAUACCUUAUUAGUUGUAUGAAAAUUGCAUACGGCGUCAAUUUUCUCUGCGUAAUUGGUUGAUAGAGUAAUGUAAGAUCUCGUACCAGUAAAAAAUGGAACCACAUGAGACAACGUGAGAGAUAUCUAACUUGAUACAACCCAACUAAUUUGUGAGUAAUUUAUUAGAAAUAUUAGUCAAUUUACAUAAUAAUUAGUCAGAAAAUUAUUAUUGCGGAUUAACCUUCAACCCAUCAACGCCAAUUAACUUGCCAAUCCACCCAACCCAAAUUAAAAAAGAACGUGAAUAUACAGCAGGUCACAAUUUUAUGAAUUCAUCAAUAAAUAUAUGAGUAAAUUUAAGAUUGAAAC